AGUAGGGUUUUCUCUGUGUGUGUGUGUGUGGAUAUUCGUGGUUUCCGAGAAUGUGAAGAAGUGUAUGAAUUUCCUUCCUUUGAUAUGCGCAACAAUGUUUUCUCGUAGACACCAUUGGCUAAUUAAUUGAGCUGUUUAUAUGAAGUGAUAAAACUGCUUGCUUAUUUUGUGAUGGUGGAUUUUACAAUGCAUUCAAAAGGUUCAUCUCGGAAGACAACAAAAGUAGUGCAGAAAUUUACACAUUGGCAAUGAAUGGUGCAGCAUUUAAGGAACGUAUAGCAGCACUAUUGAAAGUCAUCCAAGUUUCGAAAAUUCUCAAAGACGACAACAUUCCUUGCCUGAUUGAAGAGGGCCUUUUCUUAGGCUCUCUUGGAGCUGCCAAUAAUAGGACUGCUUUGAAAGCGUUGAACGUCACACACGUAUUGACUGUUGCCCAUACACUGACCCCUUCUCAUCCUAACGAUUUUGUGUACAAAAUUAUUGAAGUGCCUGACAGAGAAGAUGUUAAACUAUCUCAGUACUUCGACGAGUGCUUUGCAUUUAUAGAUGAAGCUAGGGCGUCAGGAGGUGGCGUGCUAGUUCACUGCUUUGCUGGACGAUCCCGGAGUGUUACCGUUGUUGUUGCUUAUCUCAUGUUUAAACGCGGUAUGAGCUUAUCUGACGCUCUGGGGUAUGUGAGGAUGAAAAGACCAACGAUCUGUCCCAACCGGGGAUUCAUCUCACAACUCCAAGAGUACGCAAAAUUUCUUCAAGAUGCAAGAAACAAGGAUGCAGCAGCACACGAACCUGAAGAAUCGGGCAGCUCUGUAUAGUUAUCAUUCAACGAGAUAUGGCUACCGAUGUACAUAUACAGAAGCGUUUUUUUCUCUCCUUGUUGUCUCUCAUUUUCAGAAGCAUUGUGGCAAACUAUAGGCAUCAAGGUUCAUUCAUUUCUCUCUUUGGAGUAAAUAAGGGAAACACAAUUAACUACUUCUGAUGUUUUUUCCACAUGAAUUAUGCAUGUUUUUAGAUUUCACAAUAGCUGAAUCUUGCACUACUUAUUUCAAAUGAAAUUGCCAACAGAUGCUGCUCUCUUCUUAUAUCU